GCCGGGUCUGGUCUUACGGUUGCUUUGACGCAUACUAUUUUGAGCAGGUUGUAAAUCCGGGGCAAAGGGGUCAAAAUGCCUCAUUACGAAAAUGAUACUAAAAGUGAAUGGUCACAGACUGGAUGAUGCGAGAGACCUCCCAUUUCCGCUCUGUUCCUCGCCCUUUCCGUCUCUUUCGUCGCCCUUUCCUCUUUGUUCGUCGCCCUUUUCCUCUUCUCGAUUUUGGCCUCUACUACUCUUUCUCGACACUCACUUACUCGGAUCAUCCAAGGAACCGAUUGAAAAGGAUAUGACCACGAGCCACGAUCCCCAACACUAAACCACUCGUUACAUCGAGGCUCAGACAUGGACUCCAAAAUCCUGAUUGGAGAUGCACCUCUUGACGCAGAACCUAUCGCACCAGCAUCAGUCACUACCUUACCACAAUUGUUUCAUCACACGGCGGAGACACAGCCCGAUAACAUCGCAUACUCCGUACAGACUGAACACGGACUUCACACAAUCACUUAUGCCGAAGUGGAUGCUAAAGCAGCGUCGUUGGCAAGAUGCAUCGCAGCUGCCACUCGACAUGGCAAAGAUGAUAGCGUGCCAACAGUGGCCGUUUGGCUAGAGAAAGGACUCGAGCUCAUUCUCGCUAUUCUUGCCACAACCUACUCUGGCGCCACAUGGCUUCCCCUGGAUCCAGACGUCCCAGCUGAGCGCGCUGCCAUCUGCGUGCUCGAUGCUUCAGUAUCUCUGAUCAUCAGUGACGCAGCACAUGCUGACCAGGUCCAGGAGGUGUGUGACCGAGUUACCAUAGCGAGAUUGAGCGCUGCUAUGCCGGCCCUACAAUGUCGCACAUUCUCUCAGUUGAGUACUGAAGCGCAAUACCUACAUGACUUCAACGCUUCCACACAUACGCCACUACCUGGUCCCCGACCCCACGAUGCUGCCUACCUUAUAUACACCUCUGGAACUACAGGAACACCGAAAGGAAUUGCUAUACCUCAUUCUGCUGCCUUAAUGUUCUCUUUGAGCGAGCAGAAGGUCUUGGAAACGAGUCCGCAAGACAUCGUCUGGAAUGGUUUCAGUCCGGCGUUUGACAUGUUUGUUGAAGAGAUGUGGGUCACUAUCGCAGGUGGAGGCCAUCUUGCUAUAGGUACUCGAGCGGAAUGCAGAGAUGUGCCAGCUUUGCCUUUGGUAUGGGCGAGCCGUGGUGUCACUCUUGUCAACGCCGUUCCGACUCUGAUCGGCAUCAUGAACAUCGCGCGAACAGACGAUGGUGACUCUCUUCUUCCAUCAUCCGUUCGGUUGAUCAAUCUCGGUGGUGAAGCUUGCCCGCCUGCACUGGUGAGCCGUCUCGCAAGACCUGGUCUUCGAAUCAUCAACACAUACGGUCCUACUGAGACCACCGUCACAGCGACUUGGGACGAACUUCAGCCUGAUAUACCUGUCACUAUUGGCAAACCGCUACCUGGAUAUCAUGCCUGUCUGCUUCCUGUCUCACAAGACGACUUAUCAACUACCCUUGAGCCUGUCGAAUGGCGUGAAGGUGUUGAGGGAGAGCUCGCCAUUGGAGGGCCCUGUGUUGGCCUUGGCUACGUUGGACGCCCUGACUUGACGUCACAAAAGUUCAUCGCUCAUCCUUUGAGAGCUGGUUGUGGAGAGAGACUGUAUCGCACCGGGGAUCUCGUAAAGCUACAGGCGGAUGGAAAGAUAGUCUUUCUUGGUCGCAUUGACACGCAAGUUAAGCACCGCGGUUUCCGUAUCGAACUUGGCGAGAUCGAGUCGCGACUCUACGGCGUACCGGACGUAAAGGCUGCAGCUGUGAUAUUGGCCAACGCCAACUCAGAGUCUGCCCGUCUAGAAGCUUUUGUUGUUCUCGGAGAAGGGGUUGUCCAUGAUACCGCCUCCGUCAGCCAGAGUGCAUUCAACAGCCUGCCAUCCUACAUGCGCCCAGAGGAAAUAUUUUCUCUGCAAGCGCACGAGAUGCCUCGGCUUCCGAGUGGCAAGAUCAACGCAAAAGCUUUGCAAGAUGUUUCUGCGGGGAUACAUGCUGAAAGAGCAGUUGCGCGGCCGAGUUGUCACGGCGAAAACGACAUCGACUCAUUGGACUCGAGCUUUCCAGUGGAUGGGGUUCUGGGCUUGAUGCUAGAUACUUUGUCGCCGUUGUUUCCGCAAGUGAAUGUGAAGCCUGACAGCGAUAUAUUCAACGAACUUGGUGGUCAUUCGCUGAUAGCAGCAAUCUUGGUUUCACGACUACGACAGGCACAACUUGGCAACGAUAAGUCUUAUCCUUUUGCUUCGAUAGGACUUGCAGACAUCUACGAAGCAAGGACUCCAGCCAACAUUGCGUCUCGGUUUGAAACCUCAUCACAAGGAAAGAGUCCUUGCAUUAACAUCGAGGAGGACGACUCGCUCUACGACGAUGAGGGUACUGGAUCAUGGACUGGAGAAUACCUACCCGUUUCCCAGACAAAGUUCGUGCUCUGUGGCAUGGCUCAGAUCUUACCACUACUCCUCGUCUUCUUCUUACAAUCCAUCGAGAUUCUGGUUCCCUAUCUACUCUUCGACUUCCAUGCAAUUGCAGGCCGAAUCGGGUUCGCUAUCUUGACAGCCUAUGGCGUUUUCGUGGUGAUUCCACCCGCUCUUACCAUUGUGGCUCUUGCAAGCAAAUGGUUGAUUCUCGGAAGGGCAAUCCCCGGCGAGUAUCCUCUCUACGGAAUGUACUACUUCCGCUGGUGGCUGGUCGACCGUAUGACAUCAAUGGCAAACCCAAAGUUGAUCGCAGACUCUGGACUAUACCCCUUCUUCUUACGAGCGAUGGGAUCGAAAGUCGGGCGAUUUUGCCAUCUCGGUGCACUGCAGAUUGGUCCAUGUUUUGAUUUGAUUGAGAUUGGUGACGACGUGGUUGUCGGAGGGGAGGUUUCUCUAAGCGUCUCCGUGGUUGAGAGAGGCCGUCUGAUUCUCAAGCGUAUCGUCAUUGCAAAUGGUGCAGUGAUCGGGUCGCGCUGUGUCAUCGAGGGUGGCGCAACUAUUGGUGAAGAGGCAGAAGUCGCGCCACUUUCGCUUGUACCCUCUGGUAUGAACGUACCCAGCUUUCAUCGCUUCCAUGGAUCGCCAGCACGUCUUGACAGGGUUGUGAAAGAUGACGGCUCACCAAAGCCCAAAGACACCAGGCCCUCAAGAGCUCGGGCAGCAGCCAUGCUAUUUGGUAAUUCAUUCGUCGCAUUCCUGGUAUUGCCUCUCUUGUACUUCCUGCCGCAGAUACCAGGUUUGUUACUCUUCGACGUCCUCGACAUUCGAUCUAUCAGUGGAUGGCAGCAAGUUGCGAUUCUGUCGGUUCCAAUCGCUUUUGCGUAUCAAAUCUUGGUUUUCGCUCAGCUGCUGGUCUACCGCCAUCUGUUCCUAGGCCGUCUGAAGGAAGGUACAUACAGUAUCUACAGCAUGUUUUAUCUUCGGAAGUGGUUCGUUGAUAGAUUGAUGGACCUUGCCUUGGACGUGCUCCACCCUGUCUUCGCUACUCUUUACAUUGUUCCAUUCCUCCGGGCACUGGGAACAAAAAUUGGCAAACGUGCUGAGAUCUCGACUGCACGUAACAUCCCCUUCGAGCUUCUGGAGAUUGGUGAGGAAAGCUUCGUUGCCGACGCAGUGGUCAUGGGAGAGGAUGUGGUGAGGAGAAAUCAGGUGACUCUCAAGAAGACAAAGCUCGAGUCUCGUGCUUUCGCUGGCAAUGCAUCUGUGCUUCCUCAAGGCACUACACUAGCGUCUGGAACUUUGCUCGGUGUGCUAUCCAUAGCGCCGCCUGCAGACACCCCGAUGGCAAGCAAUAGUUCAUGCUUUGGAUCUCCACCAGUCUUGAUGCCCAAUCGUCAACGAGCGGAAGGCCACGAAGACAGUCUACUUUUCCGACCAUCUGCAGGCCGGAUCGCUGCUCGACUUCUUAUCGAAGGCCUUCGCAUUGUCCUACCACGCGCCAUUAUGAUCUUCGGUCUCGGAUUUUCACUGCAGGUUGCUCACGACGGCUAUCACAAGAUUGGCGCGGUUCGCACCUUACUCAUGCUACCACUCUUCUAUCUCUUCUUGUUCGCCCUACCUGCCUUGACAUUCACAGCUUCGAUCAAAUGGAUCCUCAUCGGACGGUACAAACCAGCUGAAUGGCCUCUUUGGAGUCUCAACGUAUGGCUCAGCGAAGCGGUGACGAGUACCUGGGAAACGCUCACCGAACCACUGUUGGCAGCCCACUUAGUCGGUACUCCUUAUCUAGCCAUGUGUUUCCGCCUUAUGGGCGCUUCUGUCGGCUCAAGGGUGACACUUCUCUCCAGCGACAUCACAGAAUACGACUGUGUCACUUUAGGAGACGAGUGUAUCAUCAACACAACCUGCGGUGCGCAGACUCAUCUCUUCGAAGAUCGCGUCAUGAAGGUCGGUAACGUAUCUAUUGGUCGCCGCGCCUGUCUCAAAACGUACUCGAUCUGUUUACCAGGGAGUAAGGUUGAAGAUGAGGCACAACUUGGGAGUUUGUCGCUGCUUAUGAAGGGAGAGGUUUUGCCUGAAGGAACUGCAUGGGAGGGUGCACCAGUUGUACCGCGAGCAAAGAGGGGCGGUUUCGGCAACGAAGUCCAUUCGAGUGGUGAUGUUCCCUUGUCGGUGCUUUGAAAUUUUGUCUAUUUUCAUGUUUCUUUCCUGGACUUGCACCUGGUUACACAUUCACACUUUCUUAUCAUCUACUUUGUUUCGAAAUGCUACAAUAACUCCGGAAAGAAUAGCCUGCUACUCAUAACCUCUGUAAUAUAUGUUAUAUCUAUACAGUCAGAUACAUUGUUGUAGACAAGAAGUACUACAAGAACAACUAGAUCCUGAGGGCAC